UGGGUUAUUACUUAAAAUGUAAUCAUGAUUCAUCUCAAUCAUUUUAUAACAGUUAUACUGGUGAAAAUUGUAUGAAAUGGUUCAAUGAUGAAUUAGAGAUGAUAGCAAAUAAAUUGAAUAUUGAAAUAAAGAACAUAAAACCUAUGAAAUCAUAUCCGAAAAAUGGAAUGUCUGAUUUGUGCCAUAUAUGUGAGAGGUCAUUUACUGCUGGAGAUGAAUCUGUAAUAGAUCAUGAUCAUUUCACGGGUGAAAUAAGAGGACAGGCUCAUAAGAUAUGUAAUUUACAAUAUAAAAAAUCAUUUAUGAUACCAGUUGUCUUCCACAAUUUAAGCGGUUAUGACUCUCAUUUCUUAAUAAGAAAUUUUUCUCAAUUUGCUAAGAUAUCAGUGUUACCAUUGAAUAAAGAAAAGUAUAUUUCGUUCACAGUUCAUCUUGAGGGACAUCAAAUUAAAUAUAGGUUUAUUGAUAGUAUUCGAUUUAUGGAAUCAUCUCUUGAAAAGUUAGCAACCUACUUGAAACCUGACUCAUUCAUUAAUUUAUACUCACAUUUUCCAAAUUUAACUGCUAAACACUAUAAAUUGCUUACUAGAAAAGGUAUUUAUCCCUAUGAUUACAUUGAUAGUAUUGAAAAAUUGACAGAGACUACACUCCCAUCUAGAGAAAAAUUUUAUAAUAAAUUGAAUGAUGAAGAUAUAACUGAUGAGGAAUAUUCACAUGCUCAACAAGUCUGGUCCAUUUUUGAUUAUAAUGCUCCAGAAGGGUAUUUUUUAGAAGUUGAUCUGGAAUAUCCAAAACACCUACAUGAUAUACAUUCAGAUUUACCAUUUUGUCCGGAAAAUCGAGUACCUCCAGGUUCAAAAUUACCUAAAUUGUUAACAACAUUAUAUGAUAAGAAGAAAUAUAUUUUACAUUAUAGAAAUUUGAAACAGACCUUAGAAAACGGAAUGGUUCUCACUAAAAUCCAUAGGGUAUUAAAAUUCAAACAAUCAGCAUGGCGUAAAUCUUAUAUUGAUCUCAAUACCGAGCUUAGAAUGAAGGCCUCGAACGAUUUUGAAAAGAAUCUUUACAAACUAAUGAAUAAUGGUUAUGAAUAA